AACACCGAUAGAGAUUUAUCUUCCCCAUUGUAAGAGAUUGUUAAAACGAAGUGGAAUCGUAGCGAAGGGAUCCCAUGGUUUCCUCGAAUCCGACGGGGACAUACAAAUGAUACAAACCGGCGCGUUCUGUUUGUGAAGGACUGAACGAGUGUGCAGUGUUUCGGUAGUGUUGUGGAAAAGAACGAAUAGUUGGAUCCAAAAACGCACGACAUUCUGCGUGUUCUGCGGUAAAAGUGAAGCAUGAUGGCCACCAGGAGGCCCAGAGUGAAGGUGGCCGCCAAUCUUAGCAUACGCCGGCCAACAAAAACGAAUCCCAGUGCCAGUCAGAUAGACAUCGAGCUUCCGCACGCGGCUGGCAAUGACAAGCGUUUGGUUGAAGAAAAUGUUAGGGCGUCCGGUCGUGAUCCUGCUGAUGUCGAACAAUCGGACGGGAUUGCCCCUUCCAAGCAGGGCGAUAAUGUGGUCGAGAACGAGAAACAAAACGAUACGAAGCAGCACUUCAAGCUUCCAAGACCGGUCGAUAACAACGCCAAGGGCGUAUCUUCGCUAGGCGUGAUGCACGAAACUGCCUUUCUAGGAAACAUCAAUAGCGGCAAUAAUGAGGACCCAAUGUCUCCCCGAAGACAGGAAAUACGCAGCGCUGGGUUUUCGAUACCGUUCGCCCGAAAGAGAAUUCGCACCGAAUCGCUGACCUCCAACAAAUCGCUACCGGACGGUGUGACAGUGAAUAAAGUGGCACGAAAGAUCGCGACGAAGCAGGAAGAAACACAGAGAACUCUCGAAAACAAGAAGGAAAUAAGGAAACGGCUGACAAACAUCGAGAAUGUUGUCGACAAACAGAACCUUACCAUGUUCGACAUGAUCUAUUACAACCCGGUCAACAAUCCGAUGGUGGCACCGUCAACGCUUACCAAGCGUUCUUCGGUGGAGAAUCUUCCCAAAUCGGUCGACGGAAGCAAGCGCGAAGGAACGCGUAGUCGCAGUGUGAGCAAGUCACGAUCUCCCACGCCGGUGCCAUCAACUGCGCAGCCACCGAAAGCUGUACCGCAACUUACUCCGCAGCUGAAGCUCGGUCCGAACGGGGAAAUGAUACUGGAUGAGGCGAGUCUAGUGAUUGAAAAUGAGCGCGAAAAGGAGAUCCGCGAAACACUUGCAAACACGGACAUAGUGUAUCAGGACGAGUUUAGUGGCAAUUCUGGCUACUACACCCGCAUAAAGCGAACGCAGGGCUGGAGUGAUGAGGAAACGAUACGCUUUUACCGCUGCCUACAUACGAUUGGCACUGAUUUCUCGAUGAUGCUAAGCCUAUUUCCCCAUCGCACCAGACGUGAUAUGAAACUCAAGUUUAAAAAAGAGGAACGCCACAACUUGCAACUUAUCAAUAAGGCACUUCAACAUCCAAAGCUUUUCAACAUUGCCGAGUUGCGCCAACAGUUCGCUGAAGAGGAUGAAGAACUCGAACGGAAGAAGGCAGAGAAGCGGCAAUUACUUGAACACGAGGCACAAAAACGACGAAAUGAGCAGUUGCAGCGCAAAUUGUUACUGAACGAAUCGAAAACUCGCAAUCCAAAGAAGAUAGUUAGCCGUUCUCAACGCUCCCUUACAGAUACGCACGAACAGUUGGCUGACAGCGAACCACCGGCACCAUCAUCACCAUCAUCCCCACCUGUGCCAGUGUCUUCUGCACUACCAGUUUCCCCAGCCCGACCAGCUUCAUCACCCGUCCCACCAUCUGGGUUACAGUCACCACCGCCAACAUCACCGCCUGCACUAGCAGUAUCAUCCCCAGUAACACCAUUGUCUUGCCCUAAACGGAGCCCACGGAUACGCAAAAAGUCACGCAAAGCACUGGAGACCAGCGUUGCGGCAGAUUCCGACAGCAGUCAAGACCCAAGCGUAGUAUCACAGCCUUACAUCCCGAACGGCACCGUAGUUGAUUCGCCAAACAUCGAUACUAACCUUUCACACUGCGAGCAAGUAGAAGAAAUAUGUAACCCGCCGCCCACUGUGGACGUUGAGCAAUCGUCAUUGUUGCUGGAACUCGAAUCCGAUUCAGCAUCUGUGAUAACGCUGCAAAAUCUUGACGAUCAGAGCCGCACAACUCGUCGUCGCCGUAAAGACUCCCGAACCACGGUGCCUAUACAACUACCACCUGCCGCAGUAAAAUACGAAUCAGACGUGGAUCUCGUUUAUCUAACUGCGCCAGGCGAUAGUGUGGCGGUAGCCAGGCCCAUAAAAACGAAUACCUUUAUAAAAGAGAUGUGCGCCGACGAUCAACUGCCCAGCGGUGGUCUAGAGAAUGCUUUCAAUAUAGUUACCAUACGUUCGGAACAUUCCGCGGCAUCAGUAGGUAAUGAUGAAGGCACUGUUUCUGGCACAGCACAAACGGCCAGGGCAACACACCCCGAGAAUGAUAUUAAUCCAGCAACGCAGGAGUCGGUGUCGGAACAUACGAUCACUGUGAAAAGUGUCGAGUUUGAUGUGUGUGACGAAACACCCGAUUGCGCUGGAGAGGACGAAACAGUUGGCAAGACUGGUGGCGCAGACCCAGGAAGCUUAUUUUUGCUGGAAACCCAAUCAUCGCACGGCGAGUGCAUUGUGACGAGUGCAGAAGGUUCAUCGUUUUCAAGGCAUAUGCCAUCAGAGAGUAAACCUGCAUCCAGCAAUAGGGCCGAGAAGGAAGCAACAAAUGGAGCAGAAGCCGACAAUGAUGAGGAUGGUGGUUUUUCGCUUGAAGACAUUGACAUCAAUUCGCUGGUGUUGGUAGAAAGUCAGGAUGCUAACGAACCAAACAAAACUAUCUACGAGAUUUACGUAUCAGCACCGGAAACUGGACAACUGAGUGAGAAGCCGCUCGAUGUUCCACCAGAUGUAAUCGAAAACAUACGCCUCAUAUUGGAGGCCGGUGAUGCUAGCAGUGAUGCUGGCGGUUGAAUGAAAAUCGCUAGAGUCGAUGGAACCUUCUUCCUUUAUUCUUACGUUCCCUGCUUCUGCACGAGGCAGGUAUCAUCUAUUUAUAAAACUUUACAGUGCGUGACACGGACAGUUGAUGCAGUAAGUUUUUUUUUCUUAGAAGAACGGACUGGACUGUAUUUAUGAUAUAGUAAGCAUAACAAUAAAAAAAUAACAGAAACUUUGAAAACUUUCUUUACUUACACGUCGUACAACGUCGUACA